CCGAGGGGAACAUUUGAUUGCAGUGAGAAUGGAACAGCAAGAUGUGGAAUGAUUGAUCUCUGCUGAAAUGGUACUCAAACACUGUGACUCCAAAAAAAAAAAAAAGAAAAUGGAGACACUGAUCACCAUAUUUUACAAGUAAGUUGCUGUGGAUGGUCUGCUGUCGGGAGAGAAAUUACGUCUCCGACUUUGACAUUUUUAUUUGCCUUCCAAGCCCAGUCAGAACAGGCAUAAAUUUCCUGAGAUUAUUCCCACGCACCAUAAAUGUGGCGAUUGGCAUACGGCUCUUCUCUCAGACAUGCUCAGUCUUGGCCCACCUCACACCGAGGCUGCCCUUCAUCAGAGUUGCCAGGAGGGAUCACUCAGCAGCUCACUGUGGUGACAUGUAGUCCUUGGUUACAGACCAGCCACCCCCUGAUUGCACAUUGGCUGGAGCGGGUGUCGCAUUACAAACACUGUUACCAGCUUAGCCCUCCAUCCAAUCCCCUGCACAGUUUUAGGCCAGCACAGUUGGAAGGGCUCUGGCGCUGGAAACUGGCACAUGCAGGAUAGGAAUGUGUACAUGUCCAUGUGUGUAUUAAAUGUUGCAGACUGAUUGACUGACAAAGUAUUUCUCCAGUUUGGACUGAGGCAACCUACAUACAUAAUUGCACAUACAUGUACAUGUACACUGUAUGUACUUGUUACUUGUCCCUACACGGGCACUGACAGUGAUGGCAUAUGCUUGACACUAAUGAAUCAUGUAGAGGCACGAGACAGGGGAACAGCUUUCUGUUUGACAGUGACUUGCUUACUGGUUCACUGCACCAGCGGCUGACAUGGGCUGGAUUUGACAGUGUGUGUCACAUGCAGCUUUGACUCUGUGGGCGAUACAGGUGCGUGUCGUCGGUAGGCCACUGCUGGUAGGAAACAGGACCGCUAACAAGCCCCAGCUGACAGGAAUCAACACAACUACGGGAGGAUGUGCAGGACCACAUGAUAGCAGGAAGGAGAUACCACCUCGGCUUUUGUUUGUGUGCAUUUUUCAUGGAACAGCAGUGUGCGGAUUGAACUGGAGUGUACAUGAUUACAUGUACAUGGACAAGUGCCGUUUACGGGCCACGUAUGCAUGUACUGUACAUGUGUGCACAUCUGUAGGCAGGCCCAGGCGCGUUGAACAGGUGUAUACCUCCGUGUGCAGGUUACUGUUUCUGCCGUUGCAUUUGUGGCGUCGCAAACACGGUUGGACAAUCAUCAAAACUACCGUAGAACAAAAGAAAUAAAUCUAGAUGACCUUUGACAAAGCGUUUGAAGCAGGACGUGGCAAUUGACAGAGGAAAGUAAUGUGGCAGUGUCCUGAGUCAUCCUUAGUUCUGCCGCAGCAGUCUCAGAAAGGACAGUCUUUAUCAAGUUUAGUAAAACCGCGGAGUGAUAUGAGCUGAAUGGAAUGUCAACCCCAUGGACAUUUUGAAAACUUCAACUUCCAAGAGGACUGUAUUGUAACGGGAUCACACCCUUGGUUCAACCAUUGUUCAAGUAAACGUUGCACCUGGGUAUUGUACAUGUACAUGCACAUGUAAGUACUUUCAUGUUUGAACUUGGCCUUGACUGUGAAAGAGACUGGUCUACUGUGGCACAGUUUGUGUUUCUUACAGUAGUUGAUGUGAUAUCAUUCAUGGAAGGUGCCUGCUGUAGUCUUGCUUUCCAGCGGUCUGUGUAAUUUCAGGUUAAAUUUAAAAGAUGGGAGUGACCACACCCUGGAAUUGCACUCAGUUUCUGGUUACUCAUCUGGCAUUAGGCGAGUCCUUCCAAGUGAGUGCUUUGAUGACGAUACCUCAACUCUUGCCUCUGGAUCAUAAUUAGUGCACCAUACUGCUUUGUCUGGGGCUACGAGUACAGCUCAGAGGAGUGAGUAAUAUUUCAUUUUUGUUUUCACUUAAUGAGACAGCACCUUUCAUUAUUUUUCUUGCUGUUAAUGUGGACAAGCACGGAAGUAGUUUCACUGCACAAGCCACAAUGGCGUCAGUGAAUUUCAAAGCCACCAGACCAGCUCUCGGUCCCCGGAGUACAGCUCCCAAAACUGUCACAGUGGGAAAGAAUCCUGCAUUCACACACAUCACCAAGACAACUCUUAAUGAUAUGCACCAUCAGAAUUCCAGUGCUAGUGACACCAAAGUAUCAGUGGCAAAACAGAACUCUGGUGGCAGUGUCCACAAUGGCCUGCCUCCCAAGAGCAUGACGCCAGCCUCGGGAGUGACCGUGAAAAAACCAGUGGCCAGACAGCGAUCAGGAAGUGGUGCAAAGCUUGGCGAGGCAACAAAGCAGGGACCUGUCUCCAGUGCCUCCAAAACCACCAUCUCCAAGCAAGGGUCUGGGGACAAGAUGCCAAAUGGCAACUCUUCAAAGCGGGACUCCAUCUCGGGUUUGUCCAAACCGACUGCUGCAAAACGAGGAUCAGGUGACGGUGCAAAAAGCGGCAAUCCCGUCCCGACCAACCAUGGCCCUCCUGCUGGGGUCACGCCAACUGUGGCUAAGCAGGGAACAGGCAGCCGGAUGCACAAUGGCAGCUCCACUAGGCCAUUGUCUGCUACCAGUGCAGCAAGAGUUGCCAUCCCCAGAAAAGCCUCCAGUGAUGGGUCUCUCAAUCGCGACACCUGUAAACCGGGGUCCAACUCUUCCUCACCCAGGAAUUCUAUUUCGGGACGGCGUUCUGGUGACACCCCUUCUGUAUCCCAGCGGAAACCGAUUCCAUUGCCGCGUUCAGUCAAUGAUGAGCAAAAGAUGGGCUUGAAAAGUCAGACACCGUGUAAAACAUCUACACAUCAAACUGCAACUGCAGCAAAACCUAUUGCCACGACUCGUCAAACUCUGGCGACCGCAGCUAAAUCAUCUGUCUCGACAGAGUCAAUUGGCAGCGAGUCCAAAAAGAUCCCUCAGAGUUCUUCAUUGGCGGCCGAGGAGAGUGAUGUUCCUGUUGCGGAGCCGCUGCGUGGUGGCAUCAUGCGGAAGGCAGCCUCAGAGAAGCGGGAGCGGGACGUGACUGUGAAAUUCACCAAGAAGUCCAGCUCGGUGAAAACGUCCCCCAUCCACAAAGCCGAGGCCACGCUGCGGAUCAUGCUGGCCCAGUCAGCCAGCUCCUCCAGUGCCAGGCUGGCAUCUCGGGCCAGUCACCACACCUCGGCCUCCCAACUCCAUGGUGUCACCAGAACCACCUCCAAAGAGAAGAUUGAUCCCGGAUCACCGCAGAGCUCUUCGCCUAGAACACCAACAAAACCCAGAUCGCCCAUUACCUUGGCAUCUGAGGUGAGAAAGAUAAGCACUUCAUCUUCUCGGAGUCAGACCUCGAUCAGCGAGGAGGAGGCGGGACCACCUCCUACCCCUACAUCACCAACACCAGCUCCGUCACCAGUAAUUGACCUCUUUGCGGAGAAGCAGGAGUUGAUUGAGCCUGUGGACUACGAGGAACACAUCCUGAAGAACAGAAACAUUAUCAACAAUGACCCGCUGCGGUCUCUCAUCAGCUUCCCCUAUGAUGAUGUAUCAGCGUCAACAUUACCCAGGCAGUUACGAACCACAAAAUCCACAGUACCCGAAAGAGCUCUACAAGAAGCGUCGUCCCUUUUUGUCAAAGAGAGCAUCAACAGCUACAUGACCGAAUGGAAGGUCAUCAAUAACAAGUACAACAGCUAUGGGGGACAGUUCCAAGAUGUCCCCGGCUACCAGAAGGAACUCCCUCCCCAUAUGCUACGGGAGCAAGUCUAUGAAGUGGAUGAUGUUGAGGAGAACCAAGAAGCCACCAUGAACUCGCCCUCUGGCAACAUACACAUGCAGGGUUUCCUCUACAAGACGCCCUUUGGGCAGCAGGCGGGGCUGAUAAGGGCCUACAAGAGGAGGUAUUUCUACCUGCGUCAGCUCGCAGACAAGUCUUUCCUUAUUGAGUAUCACAAAGAUGAGAAGAGCCAUGCUGCCAAGGGUAACUUGCCCCUGGAUUCUCUUGUUGAUGUUAUUAAGACGACCAAGCAGCGCAAAUUCGGCAUGGAGCUCCUUAUGCAGGACCGAUCCGUCCAGAGCAUUGCCGCCGAGAACCAGCAGCAGAUGGACGAGUGGUACAGCGCCCUCAAGAAGGUCCUGGAGCUGCAGAAGCAGGACGCCAACGUGGACAAGCAGAGCGUGUCCUCCAUGGAGGACCUGCUGGACCAAGAGGAGUAUGCUGACAGUGGGGACUCAUCCCUGGACAAAGCCAACUCCAAGAAGAAGGAGAAGAACAAACACCCGGAGCUGCAGGGCUACGGCAAGGAGACGGAGAAGUCCAACUCCCAGAAACGCAAGGAGAACCGCAACAACGUUUUCCUGCUCUACCCAAGGAUGCAGGGCGGAGAAAAGGUCAUGACAGAGCCAGACUGCAAACCGUACGAGGAGGACUUUGGCAAGCGCUUUGCGGUGGAUUUCCAGCGGCUCGUCUUCAAAUUAUCAGCUGCCCUGGGCAAAGACGGAGAACCCAUCGAAAGCGGAUCAGACAGAGCAGAAAACGUUGAGCCUUUCUUCACCUCCAUGUCCCUCUUUGACGUCCGGAACAACCGGAAGAUCUCCGAGGACUUCCACAUUGAUCUGAACAGCCAGGUCAUCCGGGCCCUGCUGGACAAGUACCGGGAUCUGCCCAAUGGGUCCUCGGCCACUGAGCCAGGCGCGGAGCGGAGGCAAAUGAGCACCUUGCCCAACAUCGACGGGCUGGACGAGAACUGGCUGAAGUACCCACAAAAGGCGAUCUUCUCUGUCAAGGAACCGCACCCGGAAAUCUACCUUGUCAUCAGAAUAGAGAAGGUACUGCAAGGAGGCAUUACGCAGUGCACGGAGCCGUACGUUAAGACUGGUGAUGUCCUGAAGUCGUGUCAGAAAGUGAUGAAGCAGGCGAAGAUGUUCUGCAGCAGGAUGGGCCAGUACAGGAUGCCGUUUGCCUGGACAGCGAGGCGUGUCUUCAACGACUACAGUGAGCUGGACCUGACCGGCGAGUUCUUCCCCAUCUACCGGCAGGAGAGCAGCAAGCUGAGCAACGAGGACCUGCUCAAGCAGUUGCAAGACGUCCACAAGAACCCGGAGAAGCUCUCCAAGCUGACAGAGAUCCCCGGCUACCUCAAGGCCACCGUCGAGCCACUGACCAGGAUGCUGUCCAAUUGCCUAACCUCGUCCUUGAUACCCGCGAUGCCGUGGCCCGAUCCUCCGAUAGUCCCGCCCACUUUGGAGGUGGAGGAGUUCCUCCCGGAGAAGGGCGCCCUCUCGCAGCCCUUCACGACAUACACCAACAACCUCUACGUCUAUCCCGUGCAACUCAAGUACGACAGUCAGAAGACUUUCACCAAGGCGAGGAACAUCGCACUGUGCGUGGAAUUCCGCGACUCGGACGAUGAGGGCGCUCAACCUUUGAAGGCCAUCUACGGCCGACCGGGAGGUCCCAUCUUUGUCACCUCGGGGAGUGCAGCCGUCCUCCACCAUCACCAAGUACCGGACUUCUAUGAAGAGAUCAAGAUCGCCCUGCCCACUCAGUUGCACGACAAACAUCACCUGCUGUUCCGGUUCUACCACGUCAGCUGUGAGGUUGGCAAGGGCACCGUCAAAAAGAGGGACACGGUCGACUCGUUCGUGGAGCCCUUAGAAGUUGGCUAUGCUUGGAUUCCUCUUCUAGAUGGUGGAAAACCCAACUGGGGCGACCUCUCGGUGUGUGUCUCCUCCAACCUUCCUGGAAACUACCUGGGCACUAAAGGCGCGACGAAGCCUGAACUGAAGCUUGUGGACGGAGGGAAACAACUUCUAAAAGUCCAUAUCAGAUUAGCGUCGACUAUCUACACGACGGCACAACAUCUUCACAACUUCUUUGUUUCGUGUGAGGCAUGGGAGGGCAAGAGCCCGGGCGCUUUGCAAGUGAUUCAAUACAUCAAGGCCAUGCAUGCUGUGGAUACGGAUUCCUUGAUCAAGUUCCUGCCCGUCAUAUUAAACCAACUUUUCCGCAUCCUGCCGAUGGCUGUGAUGGACGAAGUGCAGCUCAACGUUGUCAGGCUAAUCAUCUUCAUCGUGUCUCAAGUCCACAAAGAUGGGCGAGAAGAUGUUCUUCACUCCUACGUCAAGUACGUGUUUGAGACGGAGAAGGAAACGGCGCUGCAGAAGACGGUCCACGAGGAGCUGGUUAAGAACCUGGCCAUGUCGCUGAGACCCAGCACCGACCAGCAGGUCAUCAAGAACCUCAUGAAGCACAUGUGGUUCUUCUUCAACAUCAUCAUCAAGAGCAUGGCGCAGCACCUGAUCCAGGGUGACGGCCUGAAGCAGGCCCGCAUCAAGCGCUUCUCCACCAACUUUGAGACGGGCCUGCGCAACCUGGUGCAGGUCCUCAUGCCGCACAUCCUGCAGAAGCAGGACGUCCGGCAGCGGCAGGACGCCAAGGAUGCCAACUUCCACCUGGCUAACUUCAUCAAGCGUUGCUUCACUUACAUGGAUCGAGGGUUUGUCUUCCGUCUCAUCAACUGCUACAUGGGAUUCUUUAGCUCUGACGAUGCUAAGCCCGUGUUUGAGAUGAAGUUUGAGAUGAUCCGUGUGGUCUGCAGCUACGAGCAUUACAUUGCCCUGAACCUCCCUUUGCAGAAGAAAGGCCAACAGCAAGGGAAAAACUUUAAAAGCACCAGUGGCUCGGCCGUUGCAAGCGCCUACAUGGGGAAUUUGCGGAAAUAUGUUCAAAUCCGCCCUGCCAAAGAACAGUACAAAGAUCUCCACUACGAUUAUCAGCUGACAGAGGAGUACUGCCAGCAGCACUUCUUGACCGGUCUCCUGCUGAGAGAAGUGGGCUCUGCCCUGCACGACGUCACCGAGGUGCGGCAGAACGGAAUCCGCGUCCUGAGGAACCUCCUGGCCAAGCACAGCUUUGACAACCGAUACUCUUCGAAGCAAUACCAAGCCCGCAUUGCAGCCCUCUACCUCCCCCUCAUCUCCAUCAUCCUGGAGAAUGCCCCCCGCCUAGCCCGGGAGGCACCACCCACCCCGGGCUCUGCCUCCGUCAACGGCGAGAACCUCUUCGACAUGUCGUCCUUGUCCACCAGCUCUCUCCUGACGGACUCGCCGGUGAUUGACCGCCACAACAGCGUGUCCACGGCUGCCUCCAAGACCAAGUCUCUCCAGAGGGACUCGGCCGUGCUCGACAUGAUCGCUGGAAGAGCCCAUUCCUUCAGUGUGGGAACGUCCGGCAUCAAGACCAUGGGAGUGCGGCAUUCCACGUCGAUUCCUGCCUUACCCAAUCAGCACGUCCGACGGAUGAGUGCCGGAGGUUUGUCGGAGAUUUCGUCGGGGUCCACUAGGUCAAUCAGUGAAGUCAGCCGGUCGGAUCGGGGCAGCUCGAAAUCCGACCGCAGCAGCACGCGCUCCGACCGCAGCAGCUUGCGGGCCAAUCGUCUGUCCUGGAUGGGCAUGUCAGACACUCUCCGCAGCCUUCAUCUAACCUUACCUGGCCUCUCCUCCUCCCAAACCCACUUGUCCCCGGUCUCCUCCUCACCGGGGGACGCGAGCCCGCGCCGUUUCCGCAAGCAGAACCCCCUGAGCCAGGUCGGGAAGGGGGACCACGGCUCGCCCGCCACCUCUCUGGAAGGUACACCCUUGAUAUCCACCCCUCGUCCCCUGGAGCAAGUCGAGCGGACGGGCUCCAGUGGCUCGCUUAGCAGUAGUGGUAGCGGCUUUCCGUUUGCGUCCGCGGCCAAUGGCGGAGGGCCGGGGAGCGCCCCCUCAUCCGCCCACACCUCUGUGCUUUCAGACUCUUCGGAGAGGAGCGAGUCGCAGUCCACCCUCAUGGGGGGCACCGCCGCGCCGGGCGCCGGGAAGGGGCACCAGCGGAGUAAGUCUACCAUCAUGUACGACAAGCUGAUGGAGCACGAGAUCAAGGACCUGCUAGUGUGCUUGCUGUUCAUCGUCAAGAACGUCAACGAAGAGGUGCUUCUGGGCUGGUGGAGUAAGGCAGGUGAAGACGACCACAUCAAACUCUUUGAUGUCUUAGAAAUGUGUUUGUAUCAGUUCCAGUACAAGGGCAAGAAGCACAUCAUAGCGGCAAGAUUGCGGGAAAAACCAACCAGCCACGUGGAGGAAAAGAGCAAGACGCUACCAGCCGCCAGAGCCAGAGCAGUGCAGACGAGAUCACUGCAUGGAGAGCUGCCAGUAGUUACUGCGAUGGCAGAGGCUGAGGGUGGACCCAGGGUGCUUCAAGAGGCCAAUCUAGGUGCUGAGGUGGGGUUGAUUGUUCUGGAUGUCCUGGGCACGUACUGCACACACUUCAAGCCCAACCUGGACAUGGAUGAUGGCGAUAACCCUUUGAUGCGGAAGGUCAUGGACAUCUUCCUGUCCUUCAUCAAGAUUGGUCAAUCGGAGACCCUGUCUAGGCAUGUCUUUGCUUCCCUCCGCUCCCUCGUUCACAAGUUCCCGGUUGCCCUCUUCAAGGGAAGUGCCCAGCUGUGUGGAGACCUCUGUCUUUCAACUCUGAAGUGUCUCAACUCCAAGCUUCCAUCCCUGCGGAGUGAGGCCUGUGCUCUGCUCUACCUGAUCAUGAAAGAGAACUAUGAAUUCACCACCCGGAAGGAUUUUGUCAGAGUUCAUCUACAGGUUGUAAUUUCUGUCUCUAAGCUGAUCGGCGACGCCAACAGCGUACGGUUCCAGGAGUCGCUAGCCAUGAUCAACAACUAUGCAGUCAGCGACAAGUCCAUGUCUAUGACCCAGUUUCCGUCCCACGUCAAAGACCUGACCAAAAAGAUACGUACAGUGCUGAUGGCCACAGCCCAAAUGAAGGAGCAUGAGAAGGACCCUGAGAUGCUGGUGGACCUUCAGGACUCACUGGCCAAGAGCUAUGCCAGCACGCCAGAGCUGCGCCGUACCUGGUUGGAGAGCAUGGCCGUCAUCCACAUCAAUCAUGGCAACUACUCCGAGGCGGCUCACUGUAACAUCCACAUAGCAGCGUUGAUCGCCGAGUACCUGAAGAGGAAAGGGAUCUACCCGGCCGGCUGCCAGGCCUUCCGAGACAUCUCCCCUAACAUCGAGAACGAAGAGAGGGGAAUGAAGGAAGACAUUGGACUGGAAGAUGUACAGUACUCUGAGCAAACGUUGCUUGAGCAGCUGGAACGAUGUGCCGAGGCCCUGCAGAAAGCUGAACGCUACGAGUCCAUGGGGGCGCUCUACAAACUGAUCAUUCCAUUCUACGAGAAGCAAAGGGAUUUCCAUCGCCUUGCUAUGGCAUAUGGCAAGCUAUGCGAAGCCUACAAGUCCGUCAUGAAAGUCACCAGCUCUGGCCGGAGACUGCUGGGCCAGUAUUUCCGAGUGGCCUUCUUCGGUCAGCAUUUUGAAGAGGAUGACGGGAAGGAAUUCAUCUACAAGGAACCCAAGGUGACCACGCUGGCCUCCGUCUGCGAAAGACUCCUCAACCUGUACACCGAGAAGUUUGGCAAGGAGAAUGUCAAGCUCAUCAGGGAUUCCUCCAAGGUGAAUCCAGAUGACUUGGACCCCAAGAUCGCCUACAUCCAGCUGACGUUUGUCAAGCCCUACUUUGAUGACCACGAUCUCCAGGAGAGACAGACGGCGUACGAGCGCAACAAUAACAUCCGACGCUUUGUCUACGAGACGCCGUACACUGAAGGGGGCAAGGCGCGGGGAGCCGUGGAGGAGCAGUGUAAACUCAAAACAAUCGUGACAACCUCUCACGCCUUCCCCUACGUCAAGAAGCGCAUCCAGGUGGUGUACCAGAUGCACAAAAAGCUGAAUCCCAUCCAGGUUGCCAUCGACGAGGUCAAGGCCAAGGUGCAGGAGUUCCACGACGCCUUGAUGACGGACACCGUAGACAUGAAACGGGUGCAGCUGCUGCUGCAGGGAUCCGUCAGCACACAGGUGAAUGCCGGACCCCAGGCCUAUGCCAUAGCUUUUCUCGGCAAGGGCAAGGAGGAGAAAUGGGAAGGCCAGGAUGUGUGGGAACUCAAGAAACAUUUCAGGGAAUUCAUGGAGCUGUGUGGUCGGGCGUUGGAAACCAAUGCCCGCUUGAUCAAGGAGGACCAGCACGAGUACCACGAGGACCUGGUGCAGAAGUACCGGGCCAUGAGCAACCUGCUGGCAGAGUUACUACAGGACCAGAUCCGAGAGCAGGAGACGCCGGGUCGACGGGUGUCGGGGCAUUUCUUCAACGCCAUCAGCGGGCUAUGAACCCCGGCCGGCCCACUCCUAUGCACAGUGCUCUACCGUAGCCCCAGAGCUCUACGCAGCUACUCUACGCGGGGACUGCCAGCAAUGAACUUUGACCUUGAUUAAUUUUCCGUCAGGCGACCAGUGUGGAUUCAUCCAGCGGGACCUAUCAAUUGUUUGUAUUUGUGUGAUAAAUAAGUUGGUAAUGUUAUCAAAGAUGUUAACGACGGCAUAUGCUUGGCUUACCCAGUGAGGUGUAUAAUCAAAGUGUUGCAAAAAAUUAGCCUAAAUUUCCAUAUGUUUAUUUUUCAUAAUGCAAAUAUUUAAAAAUGAAGAAAACCUUGCCUAAUUUAAGAACCUAAUGUUUGCUGUGGCUUCCUCGGUUUUUAUCACAGAUAUGCAUAAGUCACUGAAUUAGUUUUAACUGUGUUGUAGUGUUUCCAGUGCUAAUUUUGUGUAUACACAGUAGAAGAAAGAGGAGUUUAUUUAUGAAACAAAGUGUGUUCUUGACUUGAACUGAUGAACCUUGCAUUAGAGGCCAGUGUUGAUGACAUCCUUGUUUCCAUGGAAACCGAUGGUUGUUUCCAUGGAGACAGUUAGCAAGGCUUUUGAAAUUUUGCUACUAUUGCAAAGUGUUUGACAUUGGAUUCUGUCGCUUAAUAAACUUUUCUGGAACCAUUUUUGACCUUGAACGCUUAUGCAAAACAAAGCGAUGGAUGUGGUGUAGUGAAUUAACAUAGGGCCAAAAUAUCGUAGUCAGUUCACCAUCCCCUGUCUAGAGUAAACAUAGUGUCCGAUAAUUACACGACUGCCAAUAUAAGCUGACUGAGCCUAGAAAUCUUGAAAUUUAUCAACCCUGCCGCCGCGAAACACCCUCAAAGUCUCAAGUUAGAAAUAAUUUUCUUGUUGAGACAUGAUAUUAUCGGCCUGUGAUUACAAAUGUAACGUGCCAAAUUGUGUAGUAUAAACAAUUACAUUAGCCUUUUGCGUUGAUAUUUGCCACUCUGUGAAUCUUAUUCCAAUCUUGGGCUGCUUGCCAAGACGACAGUCGCAGACGGGCGCACACACAAAAUUGCCAAAUGUUCUCAUUUUCAUCAUCUUUUCUCUUUUGCUGACGCGCGAGAUGUAAAUUGUAAACCAUUUUGCAAAUGUUUAUAAAAACAUCCUUUUCAUAUCUCAACAACUUGUCAAGAAAGGCUUAUGUACCAUAUUGGUAAAGGAGUGGAACAUUUUUAGUUAGUGUAAAUAUUUGUUUUUAUGAUGUGUACCAUUUUAAAGUAGAUAUUUGUAAAAGUGAAAGUUGCUGAAGAGAGAUGAUUGCACUUCUUGAGGAAUUCAACAAAACUAGUUUUAAAAGCAGAAACAUGUAGAAAAUGCAUUGAAACCCCCAAAUACGAAAAUCCCAGGCUUGAAAUGAUUCUAUUCAUAGGCAUCUACUACUUAACACUUGUGAUUAUACGUACGUCCUUUUUUGUGAGCUUUGAAGGUAAAAAUUCCAUUCGGACGUUCAAAUAUGCAAAUUGGAAAUGGUGCAGAAAGCAUGGGCUCAACCAUUUUUAAAAGAGAAAAAUUACCCUCUUUAGUGCAUCCCCUUUUUGUGGUUUCUUGCACUUAAAAAAAAUCAGUACGAUGAAAUCUGAAAGUGCGUUCUUACAGACAGUAAAAUUUCCAUACAUUAUUGCACAGAUAAAUGCCAAAGUGCAGAAGUUAAAAAUAUCCGUUAUGAGUUCCCUCAUGAGUGCUUCGUGUAAAUCAGUGCGUAGUUCUCUGUAUAGACCCAUUUCUCUGUCAGCCUACAGAGAAUAUGAUCCUUGUUAUGAAAAUGUCUUUCUUUUACCUGAUUAUUUUAAGCAGUGCAUAUAUUGACUGCUUUGUGUGUUUCAGCUUUCCUUUGGUGUCAGAGUUUCCUGUCAGCAAGUCAUCAAUCUAUUUGUUUAAUCAGUUAUUUAGUCUCAUGUUGCCAGCCCUUCUGGUUUCCUUCCUUUAUGGGGGAUUUGGUGUAUUUCUUCUCCACAUUUCUUUUCCUAGUAACUUUUUCACAAGUUUUUUUAGGUCUCAGUAAUAAGAUUUGGCAGGUACACAAAUCAAGUAGUGAUUGUUAUGGUUGAGCAGGAAAGUUGUAGAGUAUCAGCUUGCAUUUCAUGCAUGAGCAGUCCAUCUCCACGUCACCCAAACAGUCUAAAACUUUUCUCAUUUACCACCCCUCUCCAAAAAAAAAUUGGAAACGUCUGAGAAAAAUGACGCAGCUGACAAAACAAUUCCACUUUUGGACCCUUAUCCUGUCCAGACUUACAAGCAGGGAUAAGCAGUGACAUUUUAGAAGCUGUAACCAGUUGCCCGAGUGCUUACUUUUCCAUUUUGUUGCGUGUCUUUCAACCUGAAACAGCUCCGUAUGCGACUCACCGAAAUGCUUGAAAGUUUGCACCCAAGUGUGAGUUAGCUCUGUAGUUAUUGAAUGCAGCUCUGUGAUGUAAAAAACAGCAAGUCUGGGUUGUCCAUGUACAUGACAAGAGUGUUGCUCUCAAUUGGAAAGCUUGUGAAGAUUUGACAAGGAAUCCUGAGGAAAGGGAAAUGAGCAAAAUUGUUUUGGGAGUUUGACUGCAUUAGACCAAGAGUUCUAGACCUAAUCAUUUUGAGGAAUGUGCUCUGCUACUUGUACUUGUCUAUAGAUCAAAACAUAACUUUUCUUUGGGGGGGUGGGUGCAAAUGGAUUGCAAUUCCGUAAGCUUCAGUAGAAAACAGUUUGCAGUUGUCCGCAACUUAUGAAGUGUCAAAUAUGUUUGUUGGUUUUGCAGCAAAUGCUCAACUUUUUUUAGUUUAAAAUUAAUCCAUCACCAACCAUUCACCUGUUGCUUUUCAGUGAGAAAUUAUUUAACUGAUUAAAGAAAUUUUAUUUUGUAUAUUUUUCCUUGAAUUAAUCCGUAAUAAACGUAUCUUAUUUCAGCCUUGUUUUUUAAACUGUCCUUUAAUGAAUAUUCAUUUAUAUUCAAAUUGUUAGAUUGAAGAGGUCAUAGGGUAUUGUGGGGAAAGUUUUAUUGCGAAAUAUCAGUCUUAGGUUUAAGUAUAACAUCCAAGAAUAUUUCCAGCAAGAACUGGUGGCCUAGUGGUCUAGGAUGCUGGGGCUGGAAUCCUAGAUCCUGGGUUCCAGCCCCGGUGGUGCCGGCGGGGAAAUGCUUUUUACCUUCAUUUGCUUUUAAUUUAGGAAAAAGAGAAAAAAUAGUAGCCCAGAGUAGGAUUUGAACCUGGGACCACUUGAUUGGGAAUCCUACACCCAACCCUCUGAGCCGUGGCUCUUUCUUGUAAAAAUGUUCUCGGAUGUUAUAUUUAAACCUUAGGAUUGCGUAAUGCCAUGUAGAAAGAGAUUUGGAGUCUGGAAGGGUAGAUGGCUUGGAGUUUGGAGGGCUGAGCCACCUCCCAAGACCAAGCCCUCUCUUCUCUGGAGAUUUUAAAGAGUUGCAAGGGGGCCCCUUUGGUUCAGGCUAGGCUGUGGGCUAGCCUCAGCCACAGAUGAGGGAAGCGGAUGGUUUUGUCCAAGGCAUUUGUUGGUAGAUUGAAGGUGUCGGCCACUUUAUAUUCACAUACAUGUACGCAUGGAAACUAGCUGUUUGUCUUUCUUUGCAAGCAAUAUAAUUGAUAGGCUUUCAAUUAUAAAGGUUUUUAUCGUGCUCUAAAAGUUGUAAACUAUAAGGUAAAUUUAAGGAAGGUUUUGUGUCUUUUGGCAGGUUUUUUAAAAAAAGUACGCAAGCUAACAAGACCGACUAGAAGAUAACGGCAUACACAAAGCACUUGAAUUUGCUGUCUAUUUGCUCUUUAUUGGGAAAAAGCAUAGAAAUACUUGGCAUCCAUGGCUUUCAAUAAUACUUGUUCUUCAGACUUUUUGAUUAUGAAAAGCUCGUAAAGGUUGCUUUAUAAAAAGUAGAUUUUUAGGUAAAGGUUUUAUACAAAUACCAUGUAAUUGGAUGUACAGGGAAAGUGUGUUGCGUUGCCAUGAACGAAUGAUUACAGAUGUAUAUUAGUAAAAUGUACAAAUUACGACCAAGUAUUUAUGAUCUCGUAAGACAAUUGUUAAUGCAGGUUCACAUACUUAUUUUACAGGGAAAUUUUUGAAAGAAAAAUUGUAUUCCCUGUGAGUCAAGGUACCAGACUGUUCUACUAUUUGACCAUAACUUCAUUCGCCACAAUAAUUGUACAGUUUCUAAGUUCCGCGUGAGUUUACCGACUCAAAAUAGUAUGGUACCCAUAAUGCCAUGGUGAGCUUCAUACAGGCUCUGUCUGAAUAGAUCUUGUGUCUGGAGCAGAGUCUGGGUCUUUGCCAGUUGCAAAUACGGGAAUACAAGCCGACAGUGGAUGAAGCAGUGGCUCUAAAAGUCCAUUUCAGACAGAGCCCAACAAUCUUUUUGUGAACGGUGUGACGGAUGACCGCCAAACUUUUACCAUGAUAGAGGCACUUGUUUCUGUAUGCUGACUGUACAGCACCUGAGCUUAUUGCCGGGUACCGGGCAGUGAAGCCACCGUGCCCAACUUUCUGGUUUUCUGGUAAAACCUGCGAUAAUGCCCAACAUAAAACUCACUGCUCACAGGGUAGCAUGCAUCAGGUACAAAGGAAAUCUGGCAUGCGGAUUCACAUGUUCUUAGGUGACUCUAAGGGUCUGUUUGUUUCACACGGAUCUAGAUCAUGACCAGUGGUCCCAAUGCUGAUUUGCACCAUCCAUUGGGUGACUUUUGGUGUCUGUAAACCAGCGAUGGAUAACUGAUUGUGAGCCAAAUGCGUGUGAAACACAAACACGGCCUGAGAUAGCACCUUACGUUGGUUCGCCCAUUCUCUCAGCAUGCUGGCCAGUCAGUGUUACAGAGAUCAGUGUUCGGAGUGACCAAUCAGUGUCAAAGGCAGUCUUACUGACCCCGUACACAACUUUGUCAAAUAAAUUUCGGCAACUCACAAAACAAAUGGUGAAGCUUGGAAGUAAACGAUGAAAUACUUAAUCAGUGACAAAAACAUGGUACCCAGUAAUUGUAAUUCAGUGACCUGAGCAAAGGUUCGUACAUACAUGUAGGUAAAUAAAGCAGUCUAAAUUCAGGCUGUCUGUGUAUGUAGGUAGAUGUUUUCCUGAAAUGCAGCCUUUCCGUGUGUGGCAAAAAAGCUUGCUAAGUGUGUACUGUUACACACUUAGCACCGAAAAGUUCUCAAGACCAAGUUCAAGCAAACUGUUUUCCUGCAUUAUCACAAAUUUCCGAGUUGAUCCCAGAAGCAAGCCUUCAAUGCUGACUCUGUUCACACUAUCAGUCUGGGGUUUGACUCCCCCAUGGGGCUCAUAAAUCAAAUGAAAGUCAAUACCAGUUUAGACCAGGGUUGAAAAUCUUGAUCUGGAUCAAGAUUCAUACAUAGAUGUGUAACCUGAUUAACAGUAAAGCCAACCUGUUAAAACUUGGGUCUGCUUGAAAAUGAGUUCCAUUCAAUCUAAGAGGGCUUUUCUUGGGAACCUCUUAAAAUGAUCUUGAACACCGUUCUACUGUAGUAGUUGUCUUAGAUUUCAGAACAGGCAAGAAAGGUCAUUACUGGCCAUGCCCAACAGUUCCACUAUAUCAAUACAUACACAACUUUAAAGAGUUGUACAUACAUCUAAGAUUUACAUAGAUUGAUGUGUCUCUAAAUCACCCGCAAGGUACUACGGUAAAUGUGUCAAUCUUUGAAAUGGUCGUACUGCAAGUGAAUUCAAGGACUCAAUCUUUUUUCAUUGCAUAAUGCGAUUUGUGAUCAUUUUACCCUUUUUCAUUGUGUGUUUCAGGAUCUUUUUGAGUAGGUGUGAUUGAGACAUUUACCAUACUUUACACCUGUACAGUAACAUUGAAUAAACCUUUUAGAAUGAAAAAUAUACUAGCUUGUACAUGUACACAAAUAAAAACUUUGUAUUUUUAAAGUGAAUAAAAGACCAGAGUAAAUGUGUCCACUUCAUCACAAAUCAGUGAAUCAAACUGAGGUGAAUUGCAUCCUAAAAAAUGUGAGUAUUAAUUAUUGAUCAUGUAACCUGUUAAUAAAAUGCUACCAAUAAGCAAUACUUUGAAUGUAA